GCCGUGACAGCAAAAGCUCAAAAUCGCUUCCAUACCUAAUCUAUGACGCCUGGUAUCUUCCCUGUCCUGUGUACGCUGGGCACGAGUCCCACCACAAGCCCCCAAAUAGUCACGCGCUACCUUCGAUACGAAAGCAUUCCCUUGACCCUUUUGUACCCGCCCAUAACACCAUGCGUUCGUGAAAGACUCUCAGACCGAAAUAGCCCAUCCCGCGGCCCGCAUGGCCACCCAAUUAAGUCGUCAUGCGAGCAAAAAGCAGAAAAGUAAUAUACACCGAAUCCCACGAGCCAAUACUCUGCG